CAUUUUUAAAGAAAAAACAACGACAAUACCAAGAUGGCGGCGUUUUGCGCCGGCGAUAUCAAGCGGUUGCUCCUAUACUAUUACCAUCUAGCGCACGAGAAAUGCUGUUUUUGUAAACUUAAAAAUUUUAAUUUUUUGGUGAAAAUAUCGGUCUUAAAAUCAAAGAAAAUAGUUAUUAUAUGGCAGAUUUUAACGAAGCAUUACACUGGGUACAAAAGCAGUAUUUUCAAGCCGUAGCAAUGAAAGAUUUUGACUGGGAAAAAUUGAAAAAUGUGAAGUGUGACGAGUCGAACACUGUGCAAAUUGCAAUAUUGAAUGCAGUAUGUAGAAUUGUUGAGAUUUUGUUAUAUUGAAGUCAUUUUGGAUGAUUGUAUAUUUUUCUGGGAAGAUCAUACACUACACCCAUAUUCCAAUAAAGUGACCACACCCUAUGUGCCAGUAUGUGGUCCACCCCAAAGUAGGCAAGAUAUUGGAUAGAUAUUGUAGCUCUAUCAGGUGUAAACUGUUUUCCCUAGAAGUCUAGUAAGGGUCAUCUUUUAGUGAUAUAGUGUUGAUACUUAGACACUAUAAUAUGUCAUAAGAGGAAAUUUAAACGAAACAUUGGCUUGACUUGAACAGCUCCAUCAGUUCGGAACUGUUCUUCCUGGAGGUCCAGCAAGUUCCAUCCACAAUAUUGGUCAGACUGCUAAUUUUGCUAACUGGAUGCCAAAGUUUUCAGAUGCCUUUCUAAUAUGAUCAUUUCUGAAUAACAUAGAACUCCAAUGCUCCAUUAUUCUAGCAUGUACUUUCUUUUUACAAGAAAUAUAAAAUAGACACUUAAUAUGGUGUGCCCCUUCUUAUUUUUUCCUCAGACAGUUUUGCAUCCACUAAGUCAGCAAUAUCCUCCAUCGAAUACAUAUAAGUUGUCAUUCUUAAAGUCUCUACUGGCUGUGUAUGAGAAGCAGGGGAGGGAAGUGUGUGAUGAGCUGUAUAAUUUAAUAGCUGAGCUUAUGGCCAAGAAGAAAAACUCUGAAGAUGAGUUUAUUCACAAGUCAUAUAUUCUGGUAAGAACAAUGCUGAAUGUUCACUCAAUAUGUCAAUAUAGAAAACAAACAAAUUCCCCUUUAUUUUUCCAACAUGCUAGUACAUUUUACAUUAUUGAAAGUAAAUUUUCCCCUCUCCCUUCCAGACAGCACAAAUUUCCUCUGCAAUGCCAAUGGGAGAAUCUGAAUCUUUUCUGAAAUAACACAAUGACAGUAGCAUUCUUAAAGUAAACUACUGUACCUUUUACUAGAUAAGUGUAUCAGCAUUUAACUGUUCUCCCUAGAGGAUGAGUUAGGGUCAUCACUGAGCAUAAUACCUUUUUAAUCAAAUCCUUUAUCCCAUGCAACCAAAUCUUACUUUAUUUAUAGCCAUGCGGACGAGCGGUAACACUUUGUGAGUCGGCUCAUUUUGUGUCACAAGGUACCACUGGACUCAACACUUGGCAAGUGAGUGUAGCAAAGUGUAGACACUUGAAAAUAACUCAUUUCAAUGACUGAUGUUCUAUCAAUUUUAAUUUGUUAUCUAGGCAGGACUUUACCUUAGCAACUGGUUAAUGAAAAACAAAUCUUUUCUGCAAGGAAAGUAUGUAAUGUAAAUUGUAAAGUAAUGCACAUCACUCUUUCAAGACAGCACACUUUUCAGAUGGCAUUUUCUCAUAUAUAGGGACACCCCUCCAAUACAAACACCUCUCUAAUACAGACAUCUCUCUAAUACAAACACCUCUCUAAUACAGACAUCUCUCUAAUACAGACAUCUCUCUAAUACAAACACCUCUCUAAUACAGACAUCUCUCUAAUACAAACACCUCUCUAAUACAGACAUCUCUCUAAUACAAACACCUCUCUAAUACAAACAUCUCUCUAAUACAAACACCUCUCUAAUACAGACACCUCUCUAAUACAAACACCUCUCUAAUACAAACAUCUCUCUAAUACAAACACCUCUCUAAUACAAACACCUCUCUAAUACAGACACCUCUCUAAUACAGACACCUCUCUAAUACAAACAUCUCUCUAAUACAAACACCUCUCUAAUACAGACACCUCUCUAAUACAAACACCUCUCUAAUACAAACACCUCUCUAAUACAAACAUCUCUCUAAUACAGACAUCUCUCUAAUACAAACAUCUCUCUAAUACAGACACCUCUCUAAUACAGACACCUCUCUAAUACAGACAUCUCUCUAAUACAAACACCUCUCUAAUACAGACAUCUCUCUAAUGCAAACACCUCUCUAAUACAAACAUCUCUCUAAUACAGACAUCUCUCUAAUACAGACAUCUCUCUAAUACAAACAUCUCUCUAAUACAAACACCUCUCUAAUACAAACACCUCUCUAAUACAGACACCUCUCUAAUACAAACACCUCUCUAAUACAGACAUCUCUCUAAUACAAACAUCUCUCUAAUACAGACAUCUCUCUAAUACAAACAUCUCUCUAAUACAAACAUCUCUCUAAUACAGACACCUCUCUAAUACAAACAUCUCUCUAAUACAAACACCUCUCUAAUACAGACAUCUCUCUAAUACAAACACCUCUCUAAUACAGACAUCUCUCUAAUACAAACACCUCUCUAAUACAGACACCUCUCUAAUACAAACACCUCUCUAAUACAGACACCUCUCUAAUACAGACACCUCUCUAAUACAGACACCUCUCGAAUACAAACACCUCUCUAAUACAGACAUCUCUCUAAUACAAACACCUCUCUAAUACAGACACCUCUCUAAUACAAACACCUCUCUAAUACAGACAUCUCUCCAAUACAGACAUCUCUCUAAUACAGACAUCUCUCUAAUACAGACACCUCUCUAAUACUAACCUGAAGUUCAGGCCCUAAUUUGAAAUAGGGCCUGACACAAAACCUGUCUAGACCGUGGGACGCCCACAUGUUAUUUUUAGACACAACAUGCAAUAUGAUUGACAGUGUUGUAGAUUUCGCUACACAAAAAAAUUAUAUUCUCAUGAACAUGUCUGCAGAGUGUGCAUUUUGCUUUUUAAUUAAACUUAAAAAUUCAAGGUACUUUUAUAUAAAUAAGAUUCAAACAAAGAUUUAAUUAGUCAGUUCUGUGCACGGCUUGACUGCCAAGCUUUCUCAAGGUCUCAACUUGCUGGACGCGGAUAUUAGGGAUAUACUUUAUUAAAACAGGCUAACAACAGCAACAAUGAAAUUCUCAAUCGUACCACGAAGAAGGCGAUGUAGCUCAGAAAACAAUGCCGGUAGGACCUGAUAUUAAAAAUAAGACUUUUGCCGGCGAAGCCAGUUGGCAGAACAUCUUGGCUGUCAACAAUUAACAAGCUUUCGAAUUUAAUUGAAUACAUGACUUAGUUUAGCUGUUCUUUCGGCGGCGUCGAGCUAUUUUUAAAACUGUUGUUUAUGUAAACUUGCAACCAAUCAAAAUCCUUCAUGAUGCUGAUCAACCAAUCAGAUUUCCCGUCCCCCAGAUGGACGGGAAUCCCAAACUUUAGAUAGGUUUUGUGUCAGGCCCUAUUCUGUGAUUAGGGCCUGAACUUCAGGUUACUCUAAUACAGACACCUCUCUAAUACAGACACCUCUCUAAUACAGACACCUCUCUAAUAUGGACACCUCUCUAAUAUGGACACCUCUCUAAUAUAUAUAGGUUACCUCUCUAAUCCAAACAUCUCUCUAAUACAAACAUCUCUCUAAUACAAACACCUCUCUAAUACAAACACCUCUCUAAUACCAUACCUUCCUAAUACAUGCACCUCUCUAAUAUGGACACUUCACUAAUACUGAUACCUCUCAAAUACGCAUCUCUCUCUAGUAAGGACAUCUCUCUAAUACAGACACCUCUCUAAUACCGAAACCUCCCUAAAAGACACCUCGCUAAUACUGAAACCUCCCUAAAAUGACACCUCUCUGAUGCCACAUCUCUCUAAUACCGAAACCUCCCUGAAAAGACACCUCGCUAAUACCAAAACCUCCCUAAAACGACACCUCUCUAAUACCAAAACCUCCCUAAAAAGACACCUCUCUAAUACCAAAACCUCCCUAAAACGACACCUCUCUAAUACCAAAACCUCCCUAAAAAGACACCUCUCUAAUACGAAAACCUCUCUAAUACGGACGCAUUUCUAAUACAGACUCCUCGCUGAAAAAGACAUCUCUUUAAAUCCAACAAAAACUUUCUACUUUAAAGGACGAUAUUGGAAUUAGGCUGCGGUGUUGGUCUCACGGGACUAGUAACCCUACAUUGCUGUCGUCCAAAAUCUUACACCUUUACUGACUCCAAUGAAAAAGUCUUGAACAAAGUCAAAGAAAAUCUUCAAAUUAAUGGAUUUUGUCCUGAACAACGUCAAGAUGGACCCAAAGCUUGUUUUGAAGAAAGAAGGAGAGUUUUAGAAGAUUUCAGAAAUUCGUUCGGUUCUCAGAAUGUAGAGGAAUGUAGGACUUGCAGUCAGACGAAGACUGGUGUUUCAGGAGAGCUAUGUAGUGCUUUGGUUUGUCAAAUUGAUUGGGAAAGAUGUACUACAGAGGAAGUAGAUAGUCCUGAAGUUAUUCUAGCGUCAGGUAAACAGGUGUUUGUUAAGAAUGUCAAGGUUUUGGUAUUCUCAUUCGAUAAAAUCAAUCGUUGACGGCUUUUGUAGAUAGGAAUUUCGACCUGCGAUUCCGGUGGAUCUGUCUAACCAUGAAGACUAUUUGCUGGUUUAGCUACUUUCAACCUCUACACAUUUGCCCAAUUUCCCUUAUUUGAACCCCCUUAUUUAGCCCCAGCCUCUAUUUAGCCAACUCCCAUUCCCGAUAGGCUACCAGUUCAGAACCACUGGUGGGGGGGGGGGGGAUAAGCGCCAGAGGCCUAAUUAGAGGAAACACGGUUUACUAGAAGGAUAGACCAUCGGUCAAGAUGCAUAACUAGAAUAUAACGCGAAGGGUCUGAGAACAAAACUACUAACUUCUCGAUGAAGAUCCAUCGCUCGAAACGUUGAAGUUCUUCUUGUAUUUUUCAGGUAGUUGUAUCCCUAUCAAUCCACAGUUGUCUUGUUAUCAUCGCUAUCUACACUGACACAGACCCUUCAUUUAUUUAUUUAUUAAACUUCGGCACGUAAGAUAUACGAGUGGCAGGGUCACCACAACAGUAUACAUCAAUUACUGCAAUGCAAUGCAACAGAUUUAAUUAAGUGCAGUACAGUACAAUACAAUACAAUGCAACGCAGUGCAAUAUGCAGUGAUUCAAGAUUAUAUUCUGGGAACAUGCUUUGUAUUUUUGUAACAGUUCCUCUAAUGCCGUUUUAAUACACAUAGUCAUAGACGAGUUGUCAGAUGGACCCGUCGUGUUUAUACAUUGAGAUGCAUCACCAGACCAACUAUCAUUUCUAUACCCAAGUUCAUUCAAAUGAAUCUGAAUCCAUAUAUAAGUAGAUACUACCAUGUAUAAAUAGUACUAUUUGUGUUAGUAUAAAUAAAUUUUUCAUCCUUUAGAUGUCAUUUUUGACCCACACAUUAUUGAGCCUCUUGUGAAUGUGAUUAAAGUUCUUCUGAGGUGGGUUCUUUUAACAAUGGUACAUAUAAGAGAGCUUUUUUGGCACACUCGCCGGAACAAGCCUGUCCUCUUGAUCCUUGCUUCGAACUCAAGGUAUUAAUGCAAAAGCAUGGCAAAGAGUCGAUCAAAGCUUUAACAGGAUUCGGUUUUUGCCUUAAUAAAUAUUUCCAAUGCAAUGAUUGUACUUGUCCCAAAGAUCAUGUUAACAUGUUUUAAUCAUCAGUGUUGUCUAUUCUCAUCUGAGACAACACAGCAGAGACUUCAUUCUAUUGGCAUAAAGAUAUCAUGGACUCACCCCCAAGCUAAGCUUGCAUGGCCUGUGGCUCGAGUGCAACAAUCAUCUUAUGUUUUCGCUCCUCGACUUUCUAGUCAAAAAGGCAAAGACCAAAAAUGUCAACCAGUUGCUUACAUCGCGUCCACAAUCAGAAACAACGAUACCUACGAAACAUUUCUUUUUGCUUUGGGUGAGUAUAGAAUAUGUAAAUAUGUUUUAUAAUGAAAUGUCUCAAAUGUGGUAGUUCAUGUAGUGUAGUAUUCUACAAUAAGCUGUGACUGUCGUGGUUUAAUUGUGUCUGAACUACCUGAAAAAGAUAUCUCAAACGUAGUAAACGUGGUGAUCUAAUGUAGGUAGUAUUCUACGUGAAAAACUAAAGAGAUCUCAAACGUGGUGGUCCAGUUUUGAGAAAGAUUCAGAACACUUUAUAACAUUUCGAGUGGAUUAAAAGAAUUUCGUCAUGAUGUUUGUACUGUGAAGAGUGUCUUCGCAUCUUUCUAAUAAUUUUCUUUUUCAGAUAAUUCUGGAAUAAAAAGGAAUCAAAUACAUUCUGCUCCUGGUGAAUUUAUCUUUUACGACAAGACAUCUGAGAUUGCUUUACUUCGACUAGAACUCCCUUAGUAAUAGUAAAUAAACAAACGUUUUUAAAUUGCGCUCCCCAAAUAAUUUUAAAAUAACGAUUAAUUGGACGCCAUUGAGAACAUGGACGUGAUUGGACGUCACUACUUUGAAAUUAUGAUGCAAAGCAAAU